AAAAACAACAAGUUGUCAUUUAUUAUCUCCAGCAUCCCAAAGCAUCGCCCUCUCAAUAUAUAGACAAGUCUUGCUAGUUUCUGUUCUCUGCUCACUUCAUUCACAAAGUUCUUGCAAGAUGACGAGUCACUACAGAAACACCAUCUCUAUUGUUUCUCUCUUGUGUUGUCUCUAUAUCACAUCUGCGUCUGCACGUUCCUCCAUACGUCAAUAUACUGAUGACUUUAACACAAAUCUUCAGCAGGAGAAUGGAGCAGGACCAAACCCAAACGUGGGAGAAGUAAACUAUGUAGACAAACUUCAAGAGAUCUCAUCUCGUGAUUAUAAAGUUUCAGCUUCAAACGCAGUGAAAGGUCUGAGAGAUCGUCCUCCAUCGUCUUACACUCUCAAGAUGGAGUCUUUCAACACUCUCCUUAAGUCAAACUACGCAGAGAGAUACGAGUCUCGCCCUUUUGCAGUUGGUGGAUACAACUGGACACUUGUUGUGUAUCCCAACGGGAACAAGAAGGACAGUGGUUCAGAGUACCUUUCUCUUUACGUGGCCAUAGACAACUCCACUCUCGUCGCUGCACAUCAAGAGGUUUUGGCAGAUCUCAGGUUCUACAUCUUCAACAAUAACGAGAGGAAGUACUUCACCAUCCAAGAUACUACUGUAUGGAGAUUCAACGUCUUCAAAACAAUGUGGGGAUUCUCUCAGGUCCUCCCUGUUGACACCUUCAAAGAUCCGAAAAACGGAUACCUCUAUGAUGGAGAUCACUGUGAGUUUGGCGUUGAUGUGAUCAUUCCUUCUAUAGCUGAGAACUCAGAACUCUUCUCUGCCACUGAGAAGUUCUAUAACCCGACAUUCACCUGGACGAUUCGAGGAUUCUCCACCCUGCUUAAAGAUAUGUACUCAUCAGAUGUGUUUACUAUUGGAGGAAGAAGUUGGAAUAUACAAGUGUAUCCAAAUGGUCGAGGCGAGGGAGAGGGAAAGUUCUUGUCCAUGUUUCUUAAGCUCAAUGGGGAGGAGAAACUCAGACCCUAUGAGAAGGUUUAUGUUCGAGCCAAACUUCGGGUUCUUAACCAAAGCAAACUCAACAAUGUCCAAAACCAACUGGAUAGUUGGUUCAGUAGAGCAGUACCGAGCUGGGGGUUUCGUAAGUUGAUAUCUUUUGAUGAUCUGAGAGAUUCAUCAAAGGGUUUCCUUGUGAAUGAUAUGCUGAUGGUUCAAGUUGAAAUGGAGGCUGUUUCUUCAACCAAGUACUUUCCCUAGUUAGAUUCUCUCUAAGGCAAUGAACUUGCAGCUCCAUGCUUUUGUUUGGUUAUCAACCAACCUAAUAAUAAGAUUCUGUGUGCUUGCUUCUCAAAUAAAU